CCCACACAUGAGUCUCUCUUCACGCCCACACAUGAGUCUCUCUCCACGCCCACACACGAGUCUUUUUCCACGCCCACACACGAGUCUCUCUCCACGACCAUACACGAGCCAUUCUCCACGCCCAUGCAUGAGUUAUCCUCCACGCCCACACAUGAGUCUCUCUCCACGCCCACACACGAGUCUCUCUCCACGCCCACACAUGAGUCUCUCUCCGCAUCCAUGCACGAAUCAUUCUCCACGCCCAUGCUCGAGUCAUUCUCCUCUCCCACACCUUCUGUACAUAAAAAUUGCACUCGCAGAGGCUGCCUCGUCCAGGAAAUACACUUGUUACCCACACUGCAACAUCCUCUCCUGCCGGAUGUGGAGAAUUCUCUGGACUACAGUGCCUCCAGUAACGUCCUCAGUCACUUCCUCCCUGUGGAGGUGUCGGCGGCACCCACCACCACGUCCCAUGUGACGCCUUCUAUGACGUCUCCGGCCGUGUCACCGCCAGCAGAUCAGCCUAUAGUCAAUUCCUUGGUGGCCGCCUAUCUGAUUGUUGUAGUGGUGGUGUCAGUGGUUGCCAACAUCGUGGUCGUGGUGGUACGUGUCUGUGGGAGGCGUCGUCGCGUCCGCAGUGGCCACUUGUGUACCCUGAGCCUGGCCGUGUCUGACGUGGCCUUCAGCUUGCUGGUACACACACUUAUGAUCCUGGCCGCUUUGGGGGUCGACCCUGUCAUUCUCUUCAGUACGGCAGGUUGUAACUACUACGGGUUCUGUGCAAUGUCGCACGUUCUCCAUGGUCAUCCACGCUUGUGUCAGCCUCAUCCGCUACAUCAACAUCUGUCAUCCAGAGAAGGUCGUUUUGGCUGCCCAUCACAACUCUUCGCCAUUGUGAAUAGGAAUGCACUGAUUAAUCAGUAUCGGUAUGAUGAUGGUCGCGGUCAAGUCCGCUCUUCAACUGGGGAUGAGACCUUUGAGUUCGGGUGUACUCUUGCCUUCUCCGACCCGACCCGCAGCGGCCGCUCUUUCGUCACCUGUGCCUUCGUCUUCGUCCUCCUCCUACCCUUGGGUGUGAUGGUGACCUGCUAUUCCCUCAUCAUCAUCCAGGCCCACAAGUAUCGUCGAGAGAUGAGCCGCAUCGCUGACAACGGGACCACCACCACCCUGAUGGAGAGGGAGGGCGGGUCACUCUUAGGACAAGUUGGCUCUCUCCGUAAGACACAGCGUUCACUUAGGCUGCAGAACAAACUAGUCAGAAUGUCGAUGGUGGUGGCAGGUGGGUAUGUCCUGGGCUGGCUUCCCUACGCUGUGGUCUGCAUGUGGGCCACUUACGGCGACUACAGCGCCAUACCCAUAGAGGUUCGCCUGGCGGCAUCACUCAUUUGUAAGUCAGCCACGGCUUACAACCCCUUCAUCUACUACUUCAUGAGUGAGGGGUUCAGGGCAGACCUGCGGUGGCUGGGACGUCGCGUCGGCCUCAUCAAACACCCCAUCAACGGUAGCACCUUCCACCCCUCCUACAGGAGCUUCACCAGGAGUAGCAUCAAGAAGUCAAGGGACCGGACGAGGGAGAACUCCAUGCAGACUAAUGCUAGCCGCAAGGACUCCAACUCCACCUGUCUGACUUCACCCAACCUGGGGACGCCAUCAACACCCCUCUCUCCCUUCACCAGCCCAGACACUGGUGAUGACCCUCCUGUACACUUACUCUCCAAUCCUAUAUCCAUCUCCAGUAGCCCCAGGAUAAGCAACAGCUGCCUCCGCCUCUCUAGUUCUAGUCUCCAACAAAUGGAGUUCAUAAAAUCACAGUCACAAAUUACCAGACAAAGAAAGACUGAGAAACCAUUGUCAGCCACGGAUUUUCUUACUGACAAGGAAAUCCUUAAGAAUUUUAACCCUAGACGAAGGAUUGUGAACAUGACUUGUGAUGUAGAUCCUUUGCAGUACCCCUGCAGGAGAUCCGUGUCCUUCUCCAUGACUCCAGAAGCAUCAUUACAUGUUGUCCCCACUUCUCCAGAUCCUACUGACAAAGUUGAAGAAAAACCCAAGAGGACUCUUCGAUCACAUUCCCUGUACGGCUCCAGGAGUGGCAAAAUAAUCAAGACUUACCCAAGAAGAAAGCCCUUAAGAGAUUCUUUUAUGAAUACAAGAGUAUAAUUUUGUUUGUAGAUGAUAACGUGCAUAUCCUAAUUCAUAUAUUUUAUUCUACUGUAUGUUAACAAAUCACUUGAGGUUGUCCACUGUCCAGUAUCCUAUUAGAUUGUUUAAUAAAACAAUUAUGACUGUUUAGUAUCGUCAAAAAUUUGGUUAGAUUUUAUAAUGAAUACAAUAGAUCAAUAUUUUCAUAUAUGUGUAGAUCUGUCUGUAUAGAUGCCUGCAUGAUUGUCAGUUGUAUGUGGACCAUUAUACUGUAGUAAAUGUUUCUUGUGCACAGUUU